AAGAAGAACCGUAUGCUGUUGAUAAUGCUACUAUGAUUGAUUAUAUAUCGUUUAAUAUAUCCGGUAGAAUCUUUUCUAUAGAAGGGGAGAUAAUCAACUACAUGUAUAACUGUUCUGAAUAUUAUAUAGCAGACCCACCGAGAUUUUCAAUCUGUCAGUCUAAUGGCACGUGGAGUAUUCCUUCCGAAUGUCGAGCGAGAGCCAUAUGCUAUGUCGAUCCGUACAUCGUUGACCAUGCUACUAUGGGGUACCCACUUAUUGCAAGGAGUCAGUUCAUAGAAGAGGAUGUAAUAACAUAUACUUGUAACAUUGGAUACAAUAUAUCUAAUACUCCUUCUUCCGUGUGUCAGUCAAAUAGUACCUGGUCACCCCCAUCUCAAUGUCGACAACUGAUGUUAAUUACUCUUAGUUAGCUUAAUUUUGUGUUUGGGGCCCUGGCGCUGGUCCUGGUCUUAACUCGGCAUCUAGUUUCAACAUACUCCCGACUAUCGUUUAGUAUAUAG